AGCAGUGCGCACGUCGCGGAGAGCACGGAUAAACCCGGGGCUCCGAAGUUCGGCGGGCUGCAACCCCAAAAAUUCCCAGGCGCAUAACAUCGACUUCUUUUGUGUCACAGCUUCAUAAUGGCCGCACGCACGCUGAGGAUCGGCCUCAUUCCCGGUGACGGCAUUGGCCGCGAAGUCAUCCCCGCCGGCCGUCGCAUUCUCGAGGCUCUGCCCUCAUCUCUGGGCCUCAAGUUUUCCUUCUCGCACCACGAGGCGGGCUGGGAGACAUUCCAGAAGACAGGCGCUGCUCUGCCCGACAAGACGGUCGAGGCGCUCAAGUCCGACUGCGAUGGCGCCCUCUUUGGCGCCGUCAGCUCGCCCACGGUCCAGACCAAGGGCUACUCCAGCCCUAUUGUGGCACUGAGGAAGAAGAUGAAGCUAUACGCAAACGUGCGCCCUGUCAAGAGCGUCCGGGGAGGUCUGCGUGACGUAGACCUGGUCAUUGUGCGCGAGAACACCGAGGACCUUUACGUCAAGGAGGAGAGGACGUAUACUGCCCCCGACGGCUCCAAAAUUGCCGAGGCUAUCAAGCGCAUCUCCGAGACGGCCUCGUUCAAUAUUGCUGCUAUGGCCGGCGACAUUGCCCUGCGACGGCAGCGCGUCCGUGAUGCUGGCGGCAACUCCAUCCACUCUCGCCCACUCGUCACAAUCACCCACAAGUCCAACGUCCUGUCUCAAACAGACGGCCUUUUCCGCGAGACCUCGCGCCGCGCUCUGCAAGACGCAAAAUACCAAAUGGUUGGCGUUGAGGAGCAGAUUGUCGACUCCAUGGUCUACAAGCUAUUCCGCCAACCUCAGGACUACGACGUCAUUGUCGCCCCCAACCUCUAUGGUGAUAUUUUGUCCGACGGUGCUGCCGCCUUGGUCGGCUCCCUCGGCCUCGUUCCCUCUGCCAACGUCGGUAAAGACUUCGUCAUUGGUGAGCCCUGUCAUGGCUCUGCCCCCGACAUUGAGGGCCAGGGCAUUGCCAACCCCAUUGCCACCAUCCGAUCUACUGCCCUCAUGCUCGAGUUCAUCGGUGAGGAAGAGGCCGCCGCCAAGAUUUACUCUGCUGUUGAUGCAAAUCUUGAGCAGGGUGAGCUUUUGAGCCCAGACAUGGGCGGCAAGGCGAAGACGGAUGAGAUUAUCGAGGACAUCUGCAAGAGGCUGUAAAUCUAUUUUUUGGCUGAUAGCUUAGCGCAGCAUGUUCUGGCUUAGUGCAGUCCCUUAUUGGUUAAGUGAGGGCUUAAUCGGGCCCCCUAGCUUACGAAUUUGGAUAGUUAUAGUUUAGCAAUCAAUUAGUCCGAUCGGAAGCUUCGGGCACAGGGGACAGACACGUUAGUAACGGGCGAUGUGACCUCUUCUGGUAAUUUUCUUACACUUUCCCGCAGAAUUAUCCUUAGAGUCAACUACCAACGCUCCCAAUACUUAUAGCCGUAUACCUGUUACAGCUCGUUUGUUUCUGCAAUUCUUCUAGCUCGUUUCCAACUGCAUGCCCGUCGCUAACAACUCCAUCAAUCCUGCAAGCGAAGCCAUUACGAUUACGAUUUCAGAUACACUAUUAGGGAGCAAAAUCAAUACAACUAGAUUCCUAAACAUGGGAGAGUAAUCAUGCUGUGUUCCUUAAAAAUUCUAC